AUGUCAGACGUCGAAGACAUGGACGUGGAUCCGCCACGCAACGACAUCAAGUUCUCCGCCGACAACAGCAGCAAGGGCAAGCGCAGCACGGCGGCCAACCUGCCCGUCGAGGCCGAGGACACGCUGCCGUGGGUCGAAAAGUACCGCCCCGUAUCGCUCGCCGACGUGUCGGGCCACCAGGACAUUCUGGCGACGAUCAACAAGUUUGUCGACUCGAACCGGCUGCCGCAUCUGUUGCUGUACGGACCGCCCGGCACGGGCAAGACGUCGACCAUCCUGGCGCUGGCGCGGCGGAUCUACGGCGCGGCCAAUGUGCGGCAGAUGGUGCUGGAGCUCAACGCGUCCGACGACCGCGGCAUCGACGUGGUGCGGGAGCAGAUCAAGACGUUUGCGUCGACGAAGCAGAUUUUUGCCGCCAAGCCGGCGACGGCAGCAGCGACAGGUGCUGGCGCUGGCGCUGGUGCCGAAAGCGCCAGUGGCCGCGACGGCGGCGCCAGCCUCGCCACGUUCAAGCUCAUCAUCCUCGACGAGGCCGACGCCAUGACCAACACGGCGCAAAUGGCCCUGCGCCGCAUCAUGGAAAAGUACACGUCCAACACGCGGUUCUGCAUCAUUGCCAACUACGCGCACAAGCUGUCGCCGGCGCUGCUGUCGCGGUGCACGCGCUUCCGGUUCAGCCCGCUCAAGGAAGCCGACAUUCGCUCGCUGGUCAACCGCGUCAUCGACGAGGAGGGCGUGCAGAUCAUGCCCGCGGCGGCCGACGCGCUGGUGACGCUGAGCCGCGGCGACAUGCGGCGCGCGCUCAACGUGCUGCAGGCGUGCCACGCGUCGAGCACGCCGCUGCGUGGCCAGGACGACGACAAGGACAAGGACAAAAACGCACCCGUGGUCCGCGAGAUGAUUACGACCGAGACCAUUUACAACUGCAUUGCGGCGCCGCCACCGGACGCGGUCCGCGAGAUUCUGCAGACGCUGCUGACGACGACCGACGUCACGUCGUGCCUCAACACGAUCCAUGCGCUCAAGGUGGCGCGCGGUCUGGCGCUGGCGGACAUCGUCACGGCGCUGGCCGAGGAGAUUGUCAAGGUGGAGGCAAGCCCCAAGGUCAUGGUGGCGUGGCUCAGCGGGCUGGCGGACAUUGAGCACCGGGUCGCGAGCGGCGCGGGCGAGACUGUGCAAACAGGGGCACUGGUGGGCGUGAUCCGGAGCGGAUGCGAGAUGAUGAGCGCAUAA